GUGGUAAUUGAGCCUAAGGACAGGGAAGCCAACACUAUGUACAAACAAGCUUUAGAUUUUCUUUCAAAAGCUUUGGAAGUUUGGCCAAAUGCGAACGUCAAAUUUAACUAUUUAGAAAAGCUGCUUAGUAGCAUGCCACCGUCUCAGUCAGAUCCGUCCACAGCACUUGCUCAGGGCUUGGAUGUCAUGAACAAGGUUCUGGAGAAGCAGCCGCAUCUUUUCAUUAAAAACAACAUCAGCCAGAUCUCACAGUUUCUUGAGCUGUCUUUCAAACACAAGAUGUUCGACGCUGGGAAAUCGCUAUGCUCUUUGUUGAAGAUGGUUUUCAUCGCCUUCCCACAUGAUGGAGCUAGUACGCCUCCUGACAUAAAGCUGUUGUAUCAGAAAUUCAGUGAGCUGAUACAAAAACAUGUGCAUCCUGUUACUGCUCCACAAGUGUCAGGAGAUGAUAACUCUCUCGGUUCAAUCAGCUUUGUACUUGUUGUCCUCAAAACCUUGGCAGAGGUUCAGAAAAACUUUGUUGAUCCUUAUGUACUGGUGCAUAUCCUUCAGCGUCUUUCGCGGGAUCUGGGAUCAGCAGCGGGUGCUCAUCCUAGACAA